GCAACCAUCAUGGGUCCAUCAGAUUCUCCAUACCAGGGCGGGGUUUUCUUCCUCACUAUUCACUUUCCUACGGACUACCCCUUCAAGCCACCAAAGGUUGCGUUCACUACUAGGAUAUAUCAUCCUAACAUCAACUCGAAUGGUUCCAUUUGUUUGGACAUUCUGAGAACUCAGUGGUCCCCUGCACUAACCAUCAGCAAGGUUUUGCUGUCUGUGUGCUCCCUGCUCUGUGAUCCUAACCCUGAUGAUCCUCUGGUCCCAGAGAUUGCGAGAAUUUUCAAAACUGACAGGGACAAGUACAACCAGCUGGCCAAGGAGUGGACCAAGAAGUACGCUAUGUAGAGGACAUGCUCCCACCUGCAUUCAGUUCAUCAUUUUUAUUCAAGCAUUGUGAUUAUAUAUAUCCCGAUAACAUUACGUUUCAGUGUUUACAGAUCUUUCUUUUCCAAUGAAAUACUAUUUUAGUUUGAGCCGACAAUAUGCAUUUCUAGCUCAGCUUGGGAGUCAAUUCUGCUUUUAAUUUCACGUUUGUCACAUUCCCUAUUUAAUUUCAGAA